UUUUGACCUUUUGAAAAUGCUUUCGCGCCCUCUGUACUGACGCCUAGGAAGAAUUAAGAAUUCCGAAUUCUUCGCUUGGCUUUGGUUUGGUGUUAGUCGCCCGCCAUAAUCAUUUUUGCGAAUACAUUAUACUGUUUGCAUCUUGCAUUGUACAAUUUGAUUUUAUUUUGUAUUUCUACCUAACUCAAUAUGUCUGAUGAUGGAUCAACUGCAGUGGAGAAGAAAGGGCGAGGCAGACCCAAGGCAAAUGGAACACAAUCGGAAUCAAAGGUUGAUUCAAAAAAGCGUGGAAGGCCGGCAGUAGCACCAAAAGUCAAGGAAUCUAAAAAUUCAUCAGAUGAUGAGCAAGCUCCAGCUACCAAAAGGGGUCGUGGCAGACCUAAGGGUUCCAAGAAGAAGGCGGCACCUAAGGCUAAGGGAGGAUCAGGCGAAUCCCGAGGACGUGGUAGACCACGCAAAGAUGCUGCUCCAUCCAAAAAAGAUGCAGCUUCAACUGAAGAAGAACAGGAAGAAGAUGAGGAAGAGGAAGAAGGCUCCGACCAGUAAAUUUACUAUAUGUUUCACUUUAGUGUAAUUUGGUUGUCACGGUAACUUCACAUGGAGAUUGCAUUUAAUUAAUAUAACUUUACUGCAGUUUGAACAAAUGUGUCUGCAACAUUUUUCAGUUAUCUUGACAAUUCAAGCCUCAAUUGAGAUUUCACCCAGAUUUUAAAUAUGUAAAUAAAUAUUUUUUCCAGGAAUAAUUGACUAACAUAUUUUGUUCUAAUUUUAAAAGUAUAGAUCUAAUUUACAUGAGUAAAAUUUGGGUUUGUCUAGCUCUCCCUAGAAACAUACAAGUUUAAGAUAUAAUUUGUAAGAGCAGUUUUGUAGAUUUAUUCAUAUUAUAAUAAUAAUCAUAGGUAUUUUGUAAUCUCUAUAAGGAAUCAAAUUAAUAUUACAAUUUUUGAAUCUAUUGAUUUGACUUCUAUUUUGAAGUAUUAUUCUUUAAUAAAUAUUUUUUCUAAUUUGUUUUCUUUUAUUAUUAAGACAAAUAUGUAUAGGUUAUCAUUGGCUUUUUAGGAACUAAUGUAAAAAAAAAUGGGUUCCUUCAUUUUCCAAAUUUAGACAUAAAAAUAAUUUAAAGUUUAUUAGGGUAGUGCCAUUUUAAAUAACAAUCCUUUUGUCUGGAGAAAUCUCAUGAAUAUUGACAUAUUUUACUGUGUGUAUGUGCAUGGAUGUACAAUUUAGAUUAAUAUAAUAUUAUAAAUC